AUGGCAUGCCGAAAGCCCACGUACCGCGUCGACUUUGUCUCCCAACACGGCCACCGUGAGCAGUUCCACACGUCAUCAGAAAUCUUACGGGCGGACGCGUACCACGACAACUCGAGGCCCCACGAAGUCUCAUCGUCUGCACUGGAGACGUAUGGGGACCCAGCGGCCCCCAAUGUCGUCCGCAUCGGCAACGGCGGGCUGGGGCCAACCGGUCUGCUGCGUGCGCUGUGUGAAACGUACCUCGAGGAGCGUGACCUGUGGGAAAGACUCCGCAUCGAGUGGGUAUGCAACCACUCGCGUCACACGCAAGUCGCGCUUCAGGCCGGCGUCGUUGACAUUGGAUUGACGUACGAGCGAGCGGAGGAGGACCGCGCCGAGCUGGAGGGAUGGUCGACAACCAUCGACAUGCUGUGCCACGACCACUUUGUGCUGGUAGGGCCAAGGGACGAUCCGGCAGCAGUCACGUCUCGUCUCCACGUCGCUGGUGGCUUUGAUGCCAUCGCCACCCGCCGUGCCCCGUUCCACACCCGUGGAGACGGGUCUGCAACGAUGCAUAAAGAACACCAGCUGUGGACCUCUGCACGGGUGACGGACGACCAACGCGACGAGGGUUCAUGGUACCAGCGUGUCCCUGGGACGCCCAUGGAGGCGCUGGACAACGCCAACAAGCACAACGCAUACCUCCUCACCGACCGGGCCACCUACAUUGUCGCCAAGCAGCGAGGGCUGGCAGAUGGGCUUGCUGUCUUCUUCGAAGGCGGCGAUGUCCUCCUCAACAGCUGCGCCAUUGUGGUACGGUCAGACGAAGACCGUGAUCCAGUGUGCAAGCUGGUCGCGUGGCUCAGGGAACCGGACGCGCAGGAGAUCAUUGCCACCUAUGGCGAAGAGUGGGACAUUGGGUUACCGUUGGUUACACCCUCGCACCAGCGGGAGGUAGACCAGAGUUCAUUGCUCCGUACAUAUAAGCAGUCAGAAGUGGUGUGGAAGGGAGCUCGGCUGUAA